UCUCUCCCCCUCUCUGAUCCACUUCGCUUUCUCUCUGAGAUCUUCAGUCUCUCUCGCCUCCCCGCCCCCUCCCCGGUGAUCCACUUGCUCCCUCUGUGAUCCUCAGUCUCUCUCGCCUCUCCGGUGAUCCACUUGCUCCCUCUGUGAUCCUCCGGCGGUGACAGGCAGGACUGACCUCUGACCGCUCCGUGUUUAUUGACGGCCUCAGAAGCUGUUGUGUCUGUUCGGGGUGAUUUCUCCCGAUGAUCCCGACGGCUAUACAUUGCAUAAAGAAACUUGCUCUCCAAACUACAAGUUAUGCAAGUUUGUAUAUUUGUAAUGAAAAUGCAAGGCAUUUUAAUACACUGUUGAUACAAACUAUGAUGAAAGAAACGAUACUUCAGGCUGGAUGCAACAUACCUAAUUGGAAACUAAGCCACCAGAUUAAAUCUGUAAAAAAUUUUAUAACAGCCGAUGAAGGUGAAGGAGAGCCUGAGAAAGCUCAAAACAGGGAAAAAAAGGAUCCAAGAGCACGACAAACAAUAGGGAGCAUUGGAAGAAAGAUUCACCACCGCAUCGUUCAUGUGAUAGAUGAAAAUGGCGAGAACCUGGGAAAUUUGCAUAGAGCUGAUAUUAUUCGAAUCAUGGAUGAGCGUGGAGUCAAGGCUGUACCUCUCAAGGAAAACGUUGACCCUCCAGUAUACAAACUAAUGACAGGAAAACAGAUUCACGAUGAACAAAUGAAACUCAGGCAAAAAAGAAAGAAUGCGCCUAACACUGGAGCUUGUCAAAUCAAGGAGCAAACAUUCUCAGCAGACAUUGCAAAGCACGACCUGCAAACAAAAAUAAAGCAGAUCCAGCAAUGGAUUGACAAGAAGCACCAUGUUCGGAUUACUGUUAGAAAAGGAGCCGUAAUAGACAAAGCAGAUAAGAUGGAAAUAUUGCUGGAUCAAAUUGUACAAUCCAUGCCAGACAAAGCUACAUACAUAUUUAAGCCAAAGAUUAUUAAAGAAGGGAAGGCAGCAAUGUGCAUUCUACGGCAUCUGUCUGACAAAGAAAUGAAAGCGCACAAAAAGGUGAAAAUGGAAUCGCAAGAUCAAAAGGAUCAUGAACAACAGCGUGACGUUCCAAACUUUGCUGCAACACAAAUAGAAGGACUGUCACUGGGGACGAGAAGAGAAGCAAAAGUACAAGUCAAGUAUGAAGGGCAAGGAGAUCUGAUGUGAAAAGCUGAUUCUCUCCCUCUGCAAAUUUAAGCCAACAUUUCCAUUACAGACUUCAAUUACACUUAAUGUUAGCUAAUCAUGGAGAAAGAGUAUAUCCUUCUGUUUAAGGAUACAGUGUACUCAGGCCAGACAGCAACACAGAUACAUACAAAGAAAACAAUCCUUGAAGUGCUCAAUUUUUUUUAUUUAAAUCUACCAAUGUUUUGACACAUUCAGUAGUUUAACAGCAGAACCAUCGAGAAACCAACAAGCACAUUUACUCUCAAUUGGAAUAGGUGGUGACAAGUUUGGGGGCAGAUCGGUGAAAGAAAAAGGCUACCUGCUCUGGGCUACUAAGAACUGCUGAUGUUGGAGUCAGAGAUGACAGGUCAGGCAGCAUCAGAUGCCACCUGACCUGUGUUCCUCCAGCCCCACACUCAUCUCUACCUGCUCUGGGUUUUUUUUGCUAAGAGAGGAGAUGGGGAAAACAAAAAGGGGAAGGCUGGAGGAAAAUAGAUUGCAAGACAAGUCUGUCUGCUGAGGUGUGGUUACAGUCAGGAACUUUUAUAUUCUGUGCAGCUAUUUGAAUGCUAUUGUUUUAGUUGUUUCAGGUCAUUUACUAAUCACUAUCUAACAAGUGAGGUCUAGCUUGUACAAGGGCAGUUGUCUCAAGUGUUGAGCAUUGUGAUGGGUUAGCUAGCCAAUGUAUUGGUCUUUUCAAUUAAAGGACUGUUCAUUAAAAA